AUGGCCUCUACCGGCUGUUUGCUGGGUCUGACCGAGCUGGGCCUGAAAUGUGACCAGCAGAUUGAGAGGAGAUAUGAGAUUGUGCCCUCUGUGGUCUGUUCCAUGAGCUGCCUUUUUGGAAUCAUCUACUGCUUCUUUGGCUACAGAUGCUUCAAGGCCGUGCUGUUCCUUACAGGCUUAAUGUUCGGCUCUGUGGUCAUCUUCAUGCUGUGCUACAAGGAGAGAGUGAUGGACACUCAGCUCAGCAUAGAGGCAUCAGUGGGCAUCGGCCUAGGAAUUGGGACUUUGUGCGGCCUGGUGACAAUGUUGGUCCGCAGUGUCGGGCUGUUUAUGGUGGGCUUACUGCUGGGCCUAUUGGUUGGAGUGGCUUCACUGGUGGUCAUGGAGGAAUUUUACCACCCCCGAACAGUGUGGGUUCCUUUGGGAAUCCUUCUGGGUUCUGGAACCCUAUUUGCUGUCCUCACUCUUCAGUGGCAGCGCUGCUUUGUGACCUUUUCGACCGCUACCUUUGGAUCAGCCAUCAUCACCAUCACGGUGGAUUACUUCAUAGAGCUGUUCGCGAUGGUUCACUACGUCUACGAGAGACUCAAGGUAGCGCCCAAAAAGCAAGUCUGCUGGUUCACGUGGGUCAUCAUGGGAGUGUGGCCGGUCCUCGCACUACUUGGCGUGCUGAUUCAGUGGAAAGUCACAGCAGAAGGUUUUUCUCACACAGAGGUGGUUUUAAGUCGACAACAAAGGAGAGUGCAGCUCAUGCGUAUCCGGCAGCGAGAAGAGAGGCUCAAAAAGGAGAACGAGAACAAAAAGAAAAAACAACAGAACCAGAAGAGCAGCCAAAAGCAGAAGGCCAACGGCCGUCACCACCAGCAGUACCACCACCCGGCGACGUCCCACCCCCACCACCCAGCCCGGAGCACGCAGCCCCCGAAAGUCCCUCCCUCCCAGACUGAGCCAGGCUUCCAUCGCAAGCCGAACCCAAAAAAGCGCUUUGAAGGAGAUGUGCUUUCACCGAGCUACAUCCGCAGUUUCAGAGACAGACAAACAGACAGACGAGCGUACUCCCACAGUCGAAUGAUGAGCCGCUCCCGGAUGGCUGAACUCGACUAUGACUGUGGCUCUCAAGUGCCCCUCACAGCGUCUUCUGGAGCGCCAGUUCGUAUCUGAUGCCUCCAAAGGCGUCAAGCAUGGCUCAGAGCGUUAAAGGCUGUGUUCGUAUGGCCUUUAAAAAUCUACAAGAAAACAGAACGGAUUUUAGCUGCAUGCUGAGUCGACUUGUCGACCUAUUGACGCCAGACAAAUAGCAAGAGAGCCUGCAACAAAACUGUCACAUCUUUUAUUUAUCUCUGCUGAAUUUUGGACUUGUGGCCCGUGGGUCACAUGAAUGGCUUUCAGAGAUGUUAAGAUGUUGCCUCUGCUUGAAUAUUUUCCAUGGAGAAGAUUAUAACCAACAAGUGUCCUCACUGAAAGAUGAAAAAAAACAUUUGUUAGCUUUUUAACAGCAGUUUUUAAGAAGUUGUGCGUGUUAACUGGUGGCUGUGUUAUUCAAACCAGCUCUACUCAAUUGCAAAAACAUGUAAGUUCUCGAUAUUUUUUUCUGAAAGAACAACUUCAAUGUAUAUUAUUUUAUGCAGACAUGGCACAGAGAGGGUCAGAUCUACAACCAUUCUCUAAGUGUGGAGUCAUGAAUUACUAAAAAGCUACCAAUUAUAAUUGCAAAAUCCUAAAGCAGCACCACAGUGGUAUCGUUGCCUAGUUCGUUUGUCUCGACAAAUGAUCCUUCCUCUUUUUUUUUUUUUUUUUUUUUUAAAUUUAAAUUGCAUGUAUGUGGCCUCUUUCCAAAAGCCAGUUGGCAUCCUGAUGAGUAAUAGCUGUACAAAAUGGAAAAAUGUAGUUUGGCUUGCGUAUGAAUACAUGCUCUGCUCCAUUUUAUUUUCUUCUUUUUAUAUACACAGCUGGCCAAAAGUACUGGCACCUCUGCAAU